AUGGAAAAAGACGCAGUCGAAAGAAGUUGCCAUCAAGGACAAACACAAGUUAAUGGCUCAAUUGCUGCUCUGGAAAAGCAUCGAAUUAUCGAGAAUGAUGGUGCCUGCACAGCAGUAGAAAAACAGAUGGCACCGAUUGAUCAUCAUCACCAGCAACAGCAGCAACAACAGUCCAAAGGUCUCACCAGCCUUUCUCAUGGCACAACAACAGCACUCUCAAAUGUCGAGUUUGUGGACGCAAAGAAAGAAGGAGACCGAAAGAAGCAGCAGGAGAGCAGGAGGACAUUUGAGGAUCAGUUGAAGCCAUUCAACUCCAUUCCCGGACCUUGGCCUUCACUGCCCCUCAUCGGCACUGGCUGGCAGUACUUUUACUUGGUUGGCCGCUACGAUCUCAACCGGCUGCACGAGGCGCACAUUGACCGGUACCGCAGCUACGGGCCAAUCGUCCGUGAGGAGUACCAGUGGGGCCGCUCCAUCGUCCACCUCUACGACCCGGACGACUUUGAGGCGGUGGCCCGGGCACAGGGCCGCUGUCCGGUGCGGCCGCCCAAUGAAUUUGUCUCCACACUGCGCCAGUCGAAGCCGGACAUGUAUCCGAAUGUGGGCUUUGCAAACCUUAAUGGACCGGAGUGGCAGCGACUUCGGGCGAAGCUGGCGCCGGCCAUCAUGAAGCUCAGUACCAUCCACGAGAGCAUGGCCGGCCAGAAUGAGGUCUGCGAUGAUUUCCUGGAGUACUUGUGGGCGGUUCGACGGCCCGAGACGAACACUGUGGAGAACCUGCAGGAGGCUGCUUAUCGGUUAGCACUAGAGUCUAUCUGUUUGAUGUGCCUUGACUCUCGCAUUGGCAGCUUUCCCGACUCUUCGCCCUACGACAGUGGCAUCUCUGAUGAAGAUGAGGAGGGAGAAGAGGAGCAAAAUGAGGCCGUCAAGGACGGCGAGAAACUGAUCGAGGCGACCAAGCUGAUGUUUGACAGCUUCAAUAAGCUCUACUAUGGCUUGCCUUUCUGGAAGUACUUUGCCACCUCGGCGUACAGCAGCCUCGACCAGGCGGAGACCACAAUCUACGAGCUGGCCUCCAAGUACAUUGACCGAGAGAUGGACCUCAUUCUCAAUGGCGAAGAACACUACGACUCAAAUGAGAGCGUCCUGAAGACGCUGCUGAAGAAGACGAAGGCCGACCCGAAGGAGCUGAGCAAGGAGGAGGUAAAGGUGACCAUCAUGGAUUUCAUCAUCGGCGGCAUCUUCUCCGUCUCCAACUCGCUGGUGUACCUCUUCUACCACCUGGCCGCUAAUCCCGAUGUUCAGGAGAAACUGUACCGGGAGAUUGAGUCCGUCAUUGGCUGCAGCUCAACAUCAUUUUGCAGUUCACCCGAAGAUGAAGAUGAUCAAAGAUCAUCUGCCCAUCAUCACCUUGUGAAGGAGCACGUCACCUCCGGGCAGCUGGCCCGCAUGCCCUACCUCAAAGCCUGCGUCAGUGAGUCCUUCCGGUUGAACUGUCCGGUGCCGGGCAUCAUGCGGGUCACCACCGAGCCGAUGGUCCUCAGUGGCUACCACAUUCCCGCUAAU